AUGGAAAUCUAUUUUGUUCUUGAAACCAUUGGAUUUAUUAUCUUAGUGUUUGUUGGAAUUCCAUGGAAUAUAUUCGUCUUAGUGAGAUUCGCAUAUAUCAGGAAAUUGGAGAAAAAACUUUUACCCACCAAUACCAUCCUCGUGGCUCUAUCCUUUAUUAAUCUUUUAGUGCUGCUGUCACGUGUUUUCCCACAGACUUUAGAUGCUGUUGGACUGGAAAAUUUACUUAAUGACAUACAAUGCAAACUCAUCAUAUAUACAUACAGAGUAAGCAGAGCCAUGUCCAUUUGUUUGACCAGUUUGCUUAGUUGCCACCAAUGUAUUCUGAUUGCUCCAGUUACAGGAAAGUGGAAAUAUCUCAAACAGAUAGUAAAUCCAAAUGUGUCAUUAAUCAUGAUGUUGCUUUUGGGAAUGAAUAUGGCUCUUUAUCCUUCAAGCAUUUUGUAUGGACAGUCAAAGUCAAAUACUACACAUUCACCAUACACGCUGCACUUAGUGUAUUGCGAUGUAGACUUUCUGAACUAUGUCUCUUAUACUAUCAAUGGACUGGUCUCUGUUGUCCGUGAGAUUAUAUUUGUCAGCCUUAUGACCAUGUCUAGUAGUUAUAUGUUGGUUGUUUUGUACUGGCAUGCUGAAUCUAUGAAAGGAGUGCGCAGCUCUGCUAAGGCUCAAACUAAGACAGCUGAGUACAAGGCAUCACGAGCUGUCUUAUUGUUGGUUGUGCUCUAUGUACUGUUGUUUGGCAUGGAUAACACCACGUGGAUCUACACUUUGACUAUGACCAACGUCAAACAGGAAGUGAGUGACACUAGACUGUUCCUUGCCGCUUCCUAUGCAGUCAUGAGUCCCAUUGUUAUAUUUGUCACCAAUCCCAAACUGCAUCAGAAUUUUACCAUCCCAUGCAUGAGAGGGAUGUUUUGUGCUUGA